AAAGCAGGAUACACACUUCACAUGCAUGGGACAUAAAUAUGCUCAGUGGUGACGCAGUCCAGAAGCUGCUAUGGAUGUAGGCCCGAGCACCUUUAAUCAAGCGCAUCAGGACAGCGUCCAAACACACACAAAUAAGACUCUCGCAAACCAUAAACUGGUGUUUCCAUCAUAACAAACGUUUAUGCACAUAGAAUUCCUUUUGGGGUAAACGAAAGGCAUGAGCAUGGUGAAGUUAUGGGACGUUUUAACCUGACCGCCAGCAUUGGAGUUCCAUGUUAAAACAUCCCGCGUUAGAAAAUCCAUCACUCCGGACACUCGGAAAUCCUCUGUCGGUGGUGCGCCUGCCAUGCGUGCUCGCGCGGGACUCCUCUACCUGCUGGUGCACGUGCUGGCGAGGACAAGAGGCCAGUAUGACUUGUGCAAGUCUCUUGUGAGCACGGAUGAAGGCGCCAUGUGGGAGCAUUACGCGUGCCAACCUAAAGCCCAGUCCAUGAAGGAGUACAUGCGCAUCCGUGUGGAGCCGCCAGGCAUCACCUGCGGGAACCCGCCCGAGAGAUUCUGCACACUGGAGAACCCGUAUCUGUGCAGUGAUGAAUGCGACGCCUCAAACCCUGAUCUGGCGCACCCACCGCAGCUGAUGCAGGAUCGCGAGCGCAGUGGCCUCAUCACAUACUGGCAGACGGUGACGUGGCGUCGCUAUCCCCAACCCCUCCAGGCCAACAUCACCCUGUCCUGGAACAAAACCCUGGAGCUCACCGAUGACAUCCAGAUCACCUUUGAGUACGGCCGACCCACCGUCAUGGUGCUGGAGAAAUCGCUGAAUUUCGGCCGCACGUGGCAGCCAUAUCAGUACUAUGCAGACGAUUGUGUUGAUGCAUUUAAUAUGCCAGCAGGACGCGUGCGAGAUCUGAACGCCGCUAAUGCUAUGCGGGUAAUCUGCACGGAGCAAUACUCACGUUGGGUCGGCUCUAAGAAUGAGAAGGUGGUGCGAUUCGAGGUGCGUUCUCGUUUCGCUAUUUUCGCCGGUCCACGGCUGCUCAACAUGGAGGGCUUGUACACACGAAUGGAGAGCAUGAAGGGUUUACGAGAUUUCUUCAGCUUCACCAGUCUUAGGCUGCGGCUCCUCAGGCCGGCAUUAGGAGGAACGUAUGUGCAGAGGGACAACCUGCUUAAAUACUUCUACGCCAUUUCUAAUGUGGAGGUGCUAGCCAGGUGUAAAUGUAACCUUCACUCGUCUCAGUGUGUUUAUGUGGACGGCAACUUACAGUGUCAGUGUGAACACAACACCACCGGCCAGGACUGCCAGCGCUGCAAAAAAGGAUAUAAAGCCAAGACCUGGAAACCAGGAUCUUAUUUACCAACCCCAAACGGAUCCCCAAACACAUGUUCUCAGGCAUUGGCCGGUUCUUCUUCUGGUUCCAAUUGUGAAUGUAACGGACACUCAAAUCGCUGCAGUUACAUCGACUUCCUGAACAUAGUGACGUGUGUGAGCUGCAAACACAACACGCGGGGGCAGAACUGCGAGCACUGUCGCAUGAGCUACUACAAAAACAUGUCUGCAGAGCCUGAUGAUGAGAACGUGUGUAUCGAGUGUAACUGUAAUACGAUGGGCUCGGUUCACGACCGCUGCAACGGCACCGGCUUCUGUCAGUGUAAAGAAGGUACAGCCGGAGUCAAAUGUGAUGAAUGCCUCACGGGCUACUAUUGGAAACAGGGCUGUUUGCCGAACAUGUGCGACGACGAGUUACUCUUGUGCCAGAAUGGAGGGACGUGCGUUCAGAAUCAGCGCUGCAUCUGCACACCAGACUUUAAGGGUGUUUUGUGCCAACAUUCGCGCUGUGAAGGAGGCAAAAAGUGCAACGGCGCCAGCACUCUCAGUUUGAGCCUGGCACUCCUGCUCUGCCCGCUCCUCGCCACCCUGCUGGGCUCCACCGCCUCCUGAGAAACCCCUGAAUAAUCUCCAGCAGCGGGCACCGCGAGGGCCAGAUGCUCACUCCCGCCCUCUACAGGCUGCAGAGCGCCCUGCAGGACAUCACGAAUGAGAAACAAGACUCUAGUAGAGCUGGAAAUCAAUGGAACUCAAUAUACGCGCCUCACGAGAUGAAUUAAAAACCAAAAGCAUACUAGGCAUGGGCUGGUAUAUGAUAACCUUGGAUAAAAAGAUCAUGAUAUUGUGAUUACUGCUCUAAAAUAUUCUUUUUAAAUGUCUGGGGUAAAAGAAAAUAAAGACAACUUUUUUUGCACAUUGAACACAAUCUGUUUAACUUUAAGAAAUAUUUUGGAACAGUAAACAUGUCAGGCAAAAUAAUUAAUAAUAAAUCAUUAACUUCAGCCGUCUUUGUUAGUUUCAGAUUUCCUCACAACUUGAAAAGGCAUCUUUGGUUUCUUUGGAUAUAAAGUAAAGCCAGUGCACUGUUCAGAUGGAUUGAAUGUUGGUUUAUAAAGCGAUUUGUUUUUCAGAUGUUGUCUGAAUCGUGAGAUGAACAGUAGCUGUUGAUGUGGAGGCUCCUUUUUCUGCUGGAGAUACUGUUAAAAGGCUAAAAAAAACUAAAUUAAAUAGUCAUAAAAAACACUGUAUGAGCAGUAUAACAGAAACUUUUAGCGUUUUUCCAAACCAUGAUAAACCUUUAAACUGGUUAUCACCCCAUGCCUAAAGCAUACAACCUCAGAAUCAACGAGAAGCGACUUAUAGCCGCUUAAAAAUAACCCCCGCUACACUUCCUUCACUCUGAUUGGCUGAAUUUGAGGGCAUGUCCUCACAGCGAUCCGAGUCCACUGGUUGUUUUUCAAAAAAGGCGGGAAAAGUUGUUUUUUUUACACUCCUUUGCUGCAGUUUUUAACGUUCAGAUGUAUUCAACGAGCGUUCACUGUUAUACGCUAAAAGCAAAGAAUAUUAUUGUGAUAUUUGUUAUAUCAUGACUAUUAAGAUUUUAGGCACUGUACCGCUGGUUGUUAUAGGAAUGUCAUGUCGCCACAGUUAGAGAACAUUAAUAUUUAUAAAGUCUUAAAUCAGGACACGAACACAUGCUUUCCAACUCAUAACAGAAGAUAUCUAAUCAAAUUAAAUCAUUAUAUAAACCCACAUUAUUUGACUAUUUUUGGUAGAGAGUAUUUUUUCGUUUUGGAUCUAUUUAAGAGGCAAAAAGGUUGUAUUACACUGUAAACUUUACAGCACACAAGAUAUUAUAGUACAAGAAUCUAACAUAGAGAGUUUACACUUUCAGGUAUUACCGAAGAGGAUUUUACGCACUAAAUGUACCAAGCACAAAUCUAUAAAGACGGCAAACUGAAAUGUACUGGAGGGGUUUAUUACAUUACAGUUUAUUACACUGUAAACUUUAUGGCAAAUAGAUUUACAAAGCUAAAUGAAAAGAAUGACGUUAUGACACUGUAAACAUUACAGUAAAUGUGACUGUUA